CAAGAGAGGCGCACAUCGUCCCUUCGCCAAAACUCCUUCUUGCUGCCCUUCUGUUCGCGAGGAUGCGGAUGGCCCUGUGUUAGUCGUGUGUGCUUUUUGGAGCCCACCAGGGAUUUUCGAUCUUGCGCUGGACGCAUUGCGCGAUCUCUCGUCUUCUCUUUUUCCUUUUUUUGGACCGCUUUUGCCUCUCUCUUUCUUUUUCUCUCCCCUUGGAACCCAAUUAUAGGACAGCGCUUGAAUCGGGUAUCCCAGGUGCGUGGGUUGGGGAUUUGAGAUACUUGUGACCUUCGUUUUGGGCGGUCGAAUGGUGCGGGAUCGAUUAUAUGGGUUCACGCGUCACCACAUGAGAGUCUGCGUCGCGUGUUUGAUCUUCUGACUUUCGAUACCUUUCCAACACUCCAUGGAAAGCGGCCCACAAGGUUCAGGGAAGCAUAUCACGAUAGCUGGACAGGAUUUGGCGAUCCCGCUUCAAGCGAGGCGACGAUCGAGGCCCUGGGAAGAGAGACAUCAUGGACAACAGCCUGCUCUCGCGAAGCGAGACCCUACCCCAGAGACCACCAUCUCGGUGGACGUCAUCCAAAUAACGUUGACCAGGACGUACGCUAACACCAUCGCUCCGACAACACUGGUCACGUCCUCGACGAAGCAUCAGUCUUUGUCUUCCAUGACGACUACGUUAACUUCGGGGCCCGCUCCUGUCACGUUAUCCCUGUCUACGAUGCCCUCAUCUACGACCACAUUUCAGUCCGCUAGCACAGGUGGCAUCAUGAUAGCAAAGCCCCCACCGUUUCCUACUGCUCUUGUUGCGUCGCUUUGCACACUGCUCCCGCUCUCCGGACUGGUGAUCUUGGGCUUUUACCUAUACUACCGUAAGCGGCAGGAUUCAACCAGCGGCUCGAUCAUGACGUCGAUUUCCAAGCAGGACAAGUACGUUUGGGGACCACUGGGUCUAGUCACGCGGCGGGAGAGGGACAGGCAAAACCCGGUGUUGACAGCGCAGGAGGCCGAGGCGAGACCGGACCCCGUUGCUGAGGCCAUCCGGAAGGAGGAACGGGAGCGCCUAGCGAACAUGAGACCGCCUGGCGAAUCCAAAUUCUAUGCACCUGGCGUACGGCAUCUCGUCGAGUAUGUGGGCAGUCGAGAACGUAUGAAGGUCAUCAUCGACUGGAGAGAUAGGGUCAAGAUGGAGCGGCUAUGGUGAGAUCAACUUUGUCACCCCCUCCUGUUGUUUGUCUUGUUUGAUGCACCUUGAAUCUGUCUUGGCUGUCACACAGUCCAUGCGGGACGGAGAUUGAGGUCCUGCCGCAGCAAAUGAUAUGAAGGAGACGCAAAUAUGAUGCCGACACGUUCUUGAACGAAUCAUUGACGCCUUGCGAAGACCGACGAAAACGGAUUGGCAGGAAAGUGUGAAAAAAAA